CUCCUCCUCUCUCCCUCAUCCUCCUGCUGCUCCUGGUUUGCUCCUUGUCUCUGUCUCUCUCCUGGUUGUCAAUUGGGGCGUGUCCAAUCCCGCUGUCUCACCUCAUCUCCGCUCCUCCUCUGUCGCAACGCUCGCAUCAUGGCGUCCCCCAUCGCCUCCAACGCCCUGAAGGCGCGCAUCCGCAGCCCUGCCCUGCUCAAGAAGCUGGCGCGCCCCGAGGACCUCAUGCACCACUUCCCCAAUGGCGCCUACAUCGGCUGGUCUGGCUUCACCGGAGUUGGUUAUCCCAAGAAGGUUCCCUCCGCCAUGGCCGACUAUGUCGAGGCCAACAACCUCCAGAGCAAGCUCAAGUACUCGCUCUUCGUCGGCGCCUCCUCCGGCGCCGAGACUGAGAACCGAUGGGCCCAGCUCGACAUGAUCAACCGCCGAAGCCCUCACCAGGUCGGCAAGGACAUUUCCAAGGGCAUCAACUCUGGCCGCAUCAACUUCUUCGACAAGCACUUGUCCAUGUUCCCCACUGACCUCGUCUACGGCUACUACACCAAAGACCGCGAGAACAAGAACCUCGAUGUCACUGUCAUCGAGGCCAGUGAGAUUCUCGAGGAUGGCAGCGUCAUUCUCGGUGCAUCCAUUGGUGCCACUCCUGAGUUGGUCCAGAUGGCCGACAAGAUCAUCAUCGAGGUCAACACCUCCAUUCCCUCCUUCAAGGGCCUCCACGAUAUCACCUUCACUGAUCUCCCCCCCAACCGCAAGCCCUACCAGAUCACCGGCGUCCGAGACCGCAUCGGCACCGAGUCCAUGGCCAUUGACCCCUCCAAGAUCGUCGCCAUCGUCGAGUCCGACUACCAGGACGCCACCUCCGACAACGCGCCCGCCGACGACAACUCGUUCCGUAUCGCCAACCACCUGAUUGAGUUCCUCGAGCACGAGGUCAACCAGGGCCGCCUCCCCGACAACCUGCUGCCGCUGCAGUCCGGCAUCGGCAACGUCGCCAACGCCAUCAUCGGCGGGCUCAACGAGUCCAAGUUCAAGAACCUCAACGUCUGGACCGAGGUCAUCCAGGACACCUUCCUCGACCUCUUCGACUCGGGCAAGCUCGACUACGCCACGGCCACGUCGGUGCGCUUCUCCCCCGAGGGCUUCCGCCGCUUCUACGACAACUGGGACCUGUACGCGCCCAAGACGCUGCUGCGAAGCCAGGCCGUGUCCAACGCCCCCGAGAUCAUCCGCCGCCUCGGCGUCAUCGGCAUGAACACCCCCGUCGAGGUCGACAUCUACGCCCACGCAAACUCCACCUGCGUCAACGGCUCCCGCAUGCUCAACGGCCUGGGCGGCUCGGCCGACUUCCUCCGCAACUCCAAGUACUCCAUCAUGCACACUCCCUCCACCCGCCCCUCCAAGACCGACCCCCACGGCGUGUCGUGCAUCGUCCCCAUGUGCACCCACAUCGACCAGACCGAGCACGACCUCGACGUCAUCGUCACCGAGCAAGGUCUCGCCGACGUCCGCGGCCUCAGCCCUCGCGAGCGCGCCCGCGUCAUCAUCAACAAGUGCGCCCACCCCGUGUACCAGCCCAUCCUCACCGCCUACUACGAGAAGGCCGAGAGCGAGUGCCUCAAGAAGGGCAUGGGCCACCAGCCUCACCUGCUCUUCAACAGCUUCGACCUCCACAAGGCCCUGGCGGAGGAGGGCAGCAUGCAGAAGGUCAAGCCCUGGUAAAUCCUGUAACAGUAUAAAGAAGCAAACGAAAAGGGGCAGAGCCGGCGGCAGAGAUGAACAGUCAUGUCAGCGUUAUUUUUACGGGAUGUAGUGCAAGGGUUUUGGUACAUACUCAUACCUAUAGAUUUUGGGUAUUAUUCCUGGGACAAUUGGAGUACUUGUUGAACUGUACUUGCACAUUUCCUCAACUUCAUGUGGUUCAAUCUGUGAUGUAACAUGAUGUCCGAGCCGUCCACAGGAGCCUAGGCGAAAAUACAAGCACUAAACAAGGAUCAUGGCUUAGAUGGCACAGCUCAUCUACGAGUUGGUCUCCUUGCAGGAGAGAAUAACACAAAUUAUUCGUCCGUCUGUUCAGUGGCCGUCAUGACUGUUCGAAUUCUUAAAAAUACG